UUAAGAGAUAGAGGAAAUGUUUCUGAUCCAAGCUACCUGAUGAUGGCAGUAAUGCACUGUUAAGUGCGGUUGCCAGUAAAAGAAAGAAGAAGAAGAAGAAGAUAUUCCGCUUUCAGUUCGUACAGGAAGUGAUCCAGUGCGCAUGUUCAAACGGUCGCGGCAGAUUUGGCGUUUGGUUUGAAUGGGUUACUUCAGCGACCGAGACAAGCACGCGACAGGUAACAAAUAAUAAUAUAAUGUAUCGAAAAAAUGGCCGAUUUAUCUAACCUGGCGGGGUUAGGUUCCGAACCGUCCGGAGAAAUAGACUCAUCUGCCUCCUCUGCGAACAACAGAAGUUUGCGUUUGGCAGAAAAAGAAAGGCGAAAAGGCGAGGCGGAUCCCUUUGGUCUCGCGGUGAAGUAUUUGUCUCAGGUGGAAGCUGGCACAGUAGUCAGAGGGAAUGAUGAGCUGGAGAGGAAUAUGGUGGUGGUGGAGACAGUUGCUCUCAGUAAGGGUCUUCCUCCAGAGGUCAUCACAGUGCUACUGGACUUGGCUUUAAGCCUCAAUGCAGGAACCGCGAACUGUACCCGGGUGCUGAAGUUUCUCAUACCUGCCACAGUGGUGCCGCAGGAGGCUAUUGUGAAGGGGGUGUCGUGGCUAUGUGUAGGGAAAAUGCCAAUGAAUGCACAGGUUCUUUUUGUCCGCUGGGUACUCACUGUUUUUGACCUGAUUGAUUGCAAAGACAACCUGAGAUCCAUUUAUGGCUUCAUUUUCAGCUUUGUGACAGAAGAAAAUCUGUGCCCAUUUAUUUGCCACUUGUUGUACCUUUUAACCAUGAGGGAACAUGUUCACCCGUACAGAGUCAGGAAACUGUUGGAUAUUCAGGCUAAAAUGGGCAGACAACCAUUUCUCACCCAACUUCUAGCACUCUACAAAGUGUACUGCCCAGACUUAGUGACGCUCUCUCUUCCAUCAAGAGUGAGGACUGGAUUCAAGAAUCACAAUUCCACCUGGAAAGUAGCUCUGAGUGCUGUGCAGAGGAAAAACAAGGGUGCUGUUUUAGUUGACCAGAGCCUCAGCCUGGAUGUGAAAGAGAAGCCAUCCACUAGAAAGAGGAAACUACAUCACCUAGCAAUACCUCCCUUGAGCUCGGCAUUCGACAGCAACUCCAACAAGAAGGUGUUCCGCCUGCAGGAGCUCCGUUCCUUCAAAGAGCUACUGGAGAACAUUCACAAUAUAGAGCUGCCUGCCCAGAUGGGUUCACUUCUGGGAUCAGCUCUGGCUCUGCACUACCUGGACUGUGUACAGGAUGAAUCUGCCUCCCUGCGCCUUAACUUUUGGCUUGGACACUCGUUGCAAGAGGAGCUUUUACUAUGUCCUGUGGAUGGGAGUUCUGACAACACUUCUGAAGCCUGUCGCUUUCUGAGCACCAUCCUCUUUUCACAGCAGUUCCUGCAGGAGGGAUUCUCCAGCACUGAGAGUUUUCUUUAUAAGUUUCUGAGUGUGUGGGAUGGCUGUCUGCUCCGGCCGCAGAUCCUGGAUCUUCUUAGUGACAUCCCCUUGAUGCCAAGCUUCUCAGACAUGCAUAAACUUCUCUUUGAGCCACUGAAGCAACUUUAUUUUAUCUCCACAGUAUUUUUCAAGUGUAGUGUCAUCGAGUGUCUGAAUAGCAUGCUGGUUAAGUGGCUGACAUGGCAUUCCGUCAGUGCAUUGGAGGGCGGAUUGGACAUCAGUCUUAACAGCAACAGCGCCAUGACUAUGACCUUGUCCGGCUUCAUGGACUCUGUUAUGGAGCUGGUUCGCUUUGUGGGAUUACUGGCAUCUGAGGGACUCCGUCUGGAGAACUGCCACGUUCUUCUGCUCAACCAGACACUUGCUUUCUAUGAGACGGUGUGUGACAUGUUUCUGAAGUACAGCUUGCCUCUGAUCAUCAUGCCUCCAGCUGGGGUUUUCUACCCAGCUCUCUUUGCCACAGACUCAGUCAGCGUGGAUCGACUUGGUUACAUCAUGUACAGGUACCGGAAGAAUCUGACCUUGGCUAAGAAACAAGAGCAACAGAGAGAGCAAACAUUCCACAUUAGCAGAAACACAUACAAGGAAUUUAAUCGGAACCUUCAAGCAAUGGUGAACUCCAUGUGGAACUCCUGGUGGUCCAUCCCUGGUUCAGACAUUGAGAUUGACAAGGAUCUCAUCGCUCUAAGCAAAGUGGCAGAACCCUGGUGCCGUUUCGACCUCAUCCACCACCCAGCGCUUUUCAGCUAUGCCAUCGAAUUUCAUCAGAGGUGUUGGCCAGAGAAGAAGAACGUUGAUCUCGGUUCCAUAAAGAUCGGGAAGUACUGGAACUGGUAUAUGGAGUUUCUCUUUAAUCAAGGCUUUGAUGGCCUCAACAAUUUUAUUCGGACCAACACUGGCCACAGCUCUGGAUUGAGUAGUCAAGAUGACAGGCAGCCCACGAGUUAGCCUUGAUGCUGGCAGGAAGUCCAGGUGUCAGGGGGGUUCAUAAAACAUGUAUAUAUUUUAUAGUCAUCCUCCGUUAGAGGGCAGAAAAGGAACCACUUGCAUAACUGUAAAUAUUAAAUGUACAUUACAAGCCAUUUUGUUACUUUUCAGUGUUUUCUAGUGUUGUGUAUAUUUUAGCCCCUUUUUGCUUUUUAUCUUUUGUGCACAGAAAACGGAACUAAAACAUUGUGAUAAAGCCUUAAUAUUUGAAAAAAAAAAAAAAAAGUAUGAUUGCUUUAACUGCCAUCUAAAAUACAAAAUCCCAUUAUUUUUAACGAUUUAAAACUGGUGAUCAAAGAUUGAUGAAUAGUCUUGUUUAUUAUUCCCAUUGAACCAAAAGCAGCUAUGUAUCUUUGAUUGGUCUGACAUUAAAAUAAAUCCUUUGUUCUCAGA